ACUGCAUAUCCGGGAGAGGUGAAAACGUCGCUUCCCGCUAACUCUCUGUGUUAACGUAUCCUAGUUUCCAUGUGUUAGCAACUGUAUUCACUCUCAACAAACACACGCACAAACACACAUCACACGCACACACACAUCCUUUAUGAGCCAUACUGCCCACGCACAGUGCAUGGCUUGCGUCAAGCUAUAGUGCAUUCAUCCUGUAUCAAGUUCUAUUUGGACUUGUUUCUGUGAUAGAAGACGUGAAACAGGUUGGAUCUACAAAUCUGAUAAUAGUCCAAAGCUGCAAACUGAUAGUGUUGGAGCAGUGAGUGAAGCAAGUCAACUCCCUUGUAUGUAGACAUGUCGCAGUGAGUGAAGCAAGUCAACUCCCUUGUAUGUAGACAUGUCGCAGUGAGUGAAGCAAGUCAACUCCCUUGUAUGUAGACAUGUCGCAGUGAGUGAAGCAAGUCAACUCCCUUGUAUGUAGACAUGUCGCAGUGAGUGAAGCAAGUCAACUCCCUUGUAUGUAGACAUGUCGCAGUGAGUGAAGCAAGUCAACUCCCUUGUAUGUAGACAUGUCGCUGUGAGUGAAGCAAGUCAACUCCCUUGUAUGUAGACAUGUCGCUGUGAGUGAAGCAAGUCAACUCCCUUGUAUGUAGACAUGUCGCAGUGAGUGAAGCAAGUCAACUCCCUUGUAUGUAGACAUGUCGCUGUGAAUCCGAAAAAGUCGUAUAGUCCAACAUACAUUAAGCUCAUGUGUGAAACGUAGACAUUAAACUCAUGUGUGAAGGUAGACAUUAAACUCAUGUGUGAAGGUAGACAUUAAACUCAUGUGUGAAGGUAGACAUUAAACUCAUGUGUGAAGGUAGACAUUAAACUCAUGUGUGAAGGUAGACAUUAAGCUCAUGUGUGAAACGUAGAGAGAAAGUUUUAAUUUGAAGCGAGCAAUGGCGUCCAAAGUAUUUAAAUCAACGGACAUUUACAAGCAUAUAUACGAUCGACAUGAGACCUGCGUAUCCCAUGGAGUAAGUGAGGCGAAUCUUCAGGAACAUGUCGUCUGCAGCAAGAACCCAAGACAUAAAGAGUUUGUCCCAGUUGACGAGUUCACAAUGCAGCACCUUCCAGUCAGCUUCAGAGACGAUACUAUCUUCCGAUUGGUCAAACUAAUGUUUGGGUUUACGGUGAAGAUAGAUGUCAGAAUGACCAGUCCACAAAGACCCCAGUACUGGGAGGGGAGUACAUCAAGUUACCCGUUCUACGAUCUCAGAAACCGCCGCAUGGUCAGAAUGGGCAGUGGCAGUAUACGUAGCUUGUAUCAAUACACUGGUGGACACAAUAGCGAGGGACGCAGGCAUUGGAAUAUGUAUGCGUCGUGCACGUGCCGGAAAUGCAUAGAGUCUGAUAGCCCCAGCGCCACCUGGUGGGAGAUCGAGGUGAUGACCGCCACCCACGUGGUGUACGACGACACCGAGGCCUACCAUGCGUCGUGCAUCAUGUUCUACGAUGGGCCAGGCCAUGCGGCGGUCGUCCUGGACACGGUCGUGGUGGACUACGCCAACGUAGAGACAGACAAAUGCUGGCUGAGGUGCGUCACCUGCAACCGCACUUUGGCAGCCACCAUGGAGAAGAUGAUUCAAGAGUUUGACCAGGCCUGGAGGAGCUUUCACCCAAACUACCAAAAAUCAAAAUACACUGACAAGCUUGCGCUCACAGUGUCGCACCCACAUGGGUGCACGAAGCAGGUCAGCGUUGGUCAGUGGGUGGACAGGAUCAUGUUGGACGGGGAUGAGAACUUUAGCUGUUACACCUACACCACACCAACAUGCCCCGGCACCAGCGGGGCCACUGUUUACGUGCUCGGCUACCAUAAUGGUCAGCGGUAUAUGUAUAGUGACCACCACGUGCACAGUGGCGUAUCAAAAAGUGGGUUCAAUUAUUGUGGAAACGGAUACGAUCUGUAGUACUUCAUUUUGCUACUUGGUUUCUUUCUUUUAUUUAUACAAUUAAAAAAAUAUUGUGACGGUUUUUUUGAACAGGCUUAUAUUCAAUAGUUUACAGGAUGAAUUUUUUAUUUCCUUGUUUUAUUAUUGUGAGAAGUGGCUGAGUGGUAAAACUUUAGGCUUCCCAAUCAAAGGUCUUGGUUUCGAAUCUCGGUGAAGACUGGGAUCUCGAACGUGAUCUUUUUAGUGCGCCCCUGAGUCCAAUCAAUUCUAAAGGGUGCCUGACAUUAGUUGGGGAACGUAGAGGCGGUUUGUCAUUAGGCUGGCCCCAUGACACCUUCGUUAACCGUCGGUCAUAGAAAAAUACUACCUUUACCUCAUCUGCCCUAGAGAUUGCAUGGUCAAGGGGCUACUAUUUAUGUGCGUAUCAUUGGAUUUUUGGCUCGGGAUUCCGGAAACAUUCGGAAAAUAGUAUUCAUUGUUCGAUCAGAGUUUAAGUGGCAAUGUAUUGUUUUUAGUUAAGGGGGUUUAUAUUUGUUAUAUAGAACCCGCUUUUUAGGCGUUAGUUACUUCAAGUAAAAACAACUAGAAGGCACUAUAGAUGUGAUUUAAACGUAGAUUUAAUAUUCUGAGGUUUUCGGAAAAAAAAAGUAUUUUGAAUUUUGCUGAUUAGAAAUUACCAAACUGUGGGAGAUGGGUGGACUGAGGAAUAUAGAGGUGCAGAUCUUAGAGAGAAAGUGGAGGUGGCCUGGUCACACUCCUAAAAACGCUACCAACAACAGAGCUAGACAGGCCUUAGAGUGGAACCCCCCCCCCCAUGGCAGCGGAAGACCAAAAAGAACAUGGCGACUCAGUGUACUUAGAUGAAGCCGAGAAGACAGGGAAGAGCUGGGAAGCCAUUAAAAGACCAGCAAGAGACCGUGGAGAGUGACGUGUUUUUACUGAAUCCCAAUGUUCCAUGAGGAACACGAAGGAAAUUUAGUGAUGAUAACCAAUAACAGUAAUUAAUCGAGUUUUUUAUAUAUAUCAGCAGGAGAAGUGUCUCGUUUAGUGAAUGUAUAUUUGCAUAAUUUGAAGUUAUCAGAACUUUAAGAAGUUUCGUAAAUAACUUCAUAAGUUGAUUAAUGAAGCUGAAAUGUUUGGAAACUAUUAUAAACUCCAAACAGAUCUGAUACUCAAAGAGUGAAGGGUCUUUAUGCAAAUUGUAAAUAAAUCGUUCUAUUGAUAUA